AUGGAAAGAGACAAUAAUAACAAUAACAACAACAAAAGAAAAAGUUCAGCCUUAAAGUAUAGAGGUGUAAGGAGACGUCCUUGGGGAAAAUAUGCGGCGGAGAUACGUGAUCCAAAGAGAAAUGGUGCUCGAUUGUGGCUUGGCACGUAUGAAACCGCGGAGGAGGCGGCUCGAGCUUACGAUAAAGCGGCGUUUAAAUUAAAAGGUCAUCUUGCCAUACUCAAUUUUCCUAAUGAUCAACAUUAUCAUUCUAGUGAUGGUAGUUCUUCUUCAACUUCAUUAUCUCAUCAAGAAGAUAAAAGAUCACAAGUUAUUGAGUUUGAGUAUGUUGAUGAUAAUGUGUUAGAGGAGCUUCUUGAUCAAGAAGAGAAGAAAAAUAAGAAAAGAAAAGUUAAACUUAGAAAAAAUAGAAUUAGGUUAUACCGAACCCAACCCACGAAAAGAAAGCGAAAGAAGAGAGAGGAGGAAGGAAGAAGGAAGAAGGCUUGCUGCCAGCCGGCUGUGGCUUCGGUGGCCGUCGUCGCACGCCGAUGGUAUCCCGGUGACUUCCGUAUCGCCGGAAAACUAAGGAUUUUUAGAGUUUACCUGGUGAUUGAAGCAUUUUUUGUUCAUUAUGGUAGAGAUUUGAUUCUCACCAUCUAUAAUGAGCCCGAAUAA